AUGGCCAUGCUCCGACACCUCCUCGCUUGCACCUGCGUCGCCGCGCUGCGGCUCCCGGCACCGCUGCGACGCAACCCGCAACAAAGACAAAAACCGAAAGUCGCCGUCCUCGGCGGCGGCUUCGCGGGCCUCACCGCGGCGCGCCGCCUCAAAAACAACCGUGCCAUCGGCGAAGUGAUACUGCUAGAGCAAAAACACUACUUCGAGUACACGCCCGGCAUCCUGCGCGCCUGGGUCGACGCGCACGAGCACCGGCGCCUCGUCAAGCCGCUCGCGAAACUCUUCCGCGGGCGGCGCGCGACGUUCGCGCGCGUCGCGCCGGGCGCCGCCGCGAAGAUCACACACGCGGACGACGCGCUCACCCUGGACGUCGGCGCGGCCGGAAGCGACGGCCACGUCUCUAUACGCUGCGACUACGCCGUGCUCGCGACGGGCGCGUCACUCGCGCCGAUCUCCGACGACCGGCUUCACGCCGGGAGCGUCGCGGCGCGGCGCGAGCGCCUCGAGGCGCAGAUCGCCGAUGUGCUCCGGCCCAACGUGACGUCGGCGCUCAUCGUCGGCGGCGGCCUCACGGGCGUCGAGCUCGCGGCCGAGCUCGCGGAGUACUUUGGGAACGGAUCGCGGCAGCCGCUCGCGACGCUCGCGGCGCCGGUGGGCGCGGCGGCCGGCGCGACCGCCGACGCGAGCGCGCGCGUCACGCUCUGCGUCGGGCCGGACCCCGUCGCGGGCCUGCUGCCGGGCUUCGCCGACUGCGUCGCCGCGCGGCGCUACGCCGCGGAGCACCUCGCCGCGCGCGGCGUCCGCGUGCUCGAGAGCUGGGCCGUGCCCCCGCCGGACGGCGGCGGCGCGGUCGCUACGAGCGUGCCCGCGGGCAACGGCGCGAUCCCGGCGGCCGGCGCCUGGGACGCCGCGGGCGCGGCGCGCGACCUCCGCGGCGACGCCGUCUUCGACUGCCGCGGCCUGCGGCCGUCGGCGGCGUUCGGCGACGACGGCCUGCCGCCGGGCUGCGUCGGCCCGCGCGGCUGGGUCGCCGUCGACGACUCCUGGCGGCUCGCGGACGGCGCGGGGAACGCGGUCUUCGACGGCCGCGUGUACGUCGUCGGCGACGUCGCCGACAAGCCGCCCGCGCAGCGCACGGCCGUCGACGCCGCCGAGGAGGGCGAGUACGCCGCGGCGUGCAUCGCGCGGCACGCCCGGGGCCGGCGGCCGCCGAAGCCCUACGCGCCGCCGCCGAGCGUCUGCGCGAUCUCGCUCGGCAAGCGCGACGGCGUCGUCGUCGCCGGGUCCCGCGUGCUGCUCCGCGGGCGGGCGGCGGCGGCGGCGAAGGGCGCGGUCCAGUACUGGGCCGUGCGCUUCCUGCCGAAGCCCGUGACGGUGUGGCGGCGCGCGCGGCGGUAG